CCCUUAAUAUAGAGACUUGGCAUCUGUUGGUGAAGAAAGGAUGAAUGGUUGAGGCUGGUGGCCAUGAGGCCGAGGAAAGAGAUGGUUCCAUACGAGAACCAGAGGGCUUCAACCACCAACUGCUGCUCUUCAAAGUCUGGUUUCUUUCAAAGGGAAAGCACCCCCUCUUUCUUCCCUCUCCCCUACUCCUGUGAUCUUCCUUUUCUGUCACAAUGCUUCUGUUUUUCUCAUAACUCCUCUGUUCAUCUUUUGUUUCUUUGCUUUCUUUUUCUCUGGGGAGUUUUCGUGAUUUGACAUCUGGGUUAUGCUUGAUGGGUCUUCGGCUUUUUAUCUCUUUCCUCGAUGAAUUGGCCUCUGACAUUCAGUUGGACGUGCUCCUCUCUCUCUACUUUCUUUUAUUGCUUUUGCCACUUUGUGAUGGCUAUUUUCUGCGAUGCUUCUGUGCCUCCGUCGCACCAGUUACAAAUAUGUCCCUCCCCGACAAAUUACUUGACAAGAACGUCUGUCUGUGACUGUGAGUGUUUGCUUAAAAGUUUUCGCAGAUCCCACAGAAAAUAUCUUAUACUGUGUUUUGUCAAGAAAAUUUCUCAUACUUUUGGAAAGGCCACAGGAGGAGAGAUUUUUCAUUGUGAUUGUUUGAUGGUACUGUUCUCGUAGGGUUUUGGUGGUUGAGGCUCGGUCUGAUUCGGGCUUUUCUUUCUAGAGAUUUUCUAGUCAUGGAGGGAAAUACAGGCAGUGGGAGUACUGUUAAGUUAAACCGAUGGCUGAAAAUGAUUUUCCAGUAUUGAGAAAAUCAUUUCACUACAUAACAGGCUUUGAAACUAGCCCACGAUUUCGUUUCGUAUCUAUGAACGUUAGGAACUUAACGUGCAAGAGAUUGGGAUGAAGCCAAAUUGAAUUUUCAGCAGUUUCAGAAACUGAUUGAUGUAUUCAAGAACCCUCAAACUCUUCUUUUAGAAUACAACCAAGUUAUUUCUAAAUCUGUUAAGGAUGUAUGUGUGCUUUUACUGAAUCUUUAACUUUUCCGUCUCUGCCGCAGACAAAAGAAAUGUGAAAAGAAUUCAGGUUCACAUUUGGCGGCAGCCAACGUUCUUAUAGCACUUGACACCGCCUUACUAAAAUGAAAAAUAUGCAGAAGAGCUCACACGAGUUAUGCGUGCUUCACAUUUGAAUAUUUUUAUACACGACAUAAAGUUUAUAAAGUUAAUAAUUGCCUCUUUUUCAGCCGUCUUGAAUGGGAAUUGAACUCACCUCUACGCAGAGCGGCGUGAAUCCGACUCAAUCUUUUCGGGAGAGACAAAAAAAUAUUCUUAAAAGAGUCUCGCAUAACCUUCAAUGUAUUAUGUGCAUAUCUGUAAAUUUGCUGCUGAGAAAACAGACUUGUAUAAAUCUCCACUCCAGAGACGCAGUUUGAGGCUUGUGGUUUCUGGGUAGCUAGCCAUUUAGAGCAUGCAUUGAAACGCGGUUACAGAGUACCAGCGACACGCCUUUAAUUGCAGAAAGUUUCCUUCUUUGUUCUCUAGGAACUCUGCACUGCAUUCCUUGUCCUCAGUCGAGUUCUCAUUCUCUUUCUGUAUUUAUAGCAAGUUACUGUUACAUGUGGGCAGUGGCGGCCUUUUUAUGGUAGUAGACCUCCUCCAACUCUUGCCUUGAAACUUCUGUUCCAUGUUAAAACAGUGAAGGUAGUACGCUCUCUAUCAUCAUCUCUUAUCUUUUCCUUUUCCCUUCUUACUUCCAAGUUCCAACAACUUUGGCUCCAGUACCUCUCUCUCUUUAUAUCUGUGGUACAGAUGCACACAAACACAUAAAUCCACAUGUUAAAGGGACCAGUGCAGUUUCUUUUCACAUUCUCACUCUUCUAACGAGCGUUUAUAAGGAUACAACACUUGUCUAUCUUUGCUGUUCUCAUCUUUUCUUUUGAGAAGAUUGUAACAACAUACCAGUGUUUUAGCUGCUUUUAAAUGUUGAUGGUUCAAACUUCAAAGCCUGGAUUUCGAAAAGGAAGCACACAGCAAUCAUAGGGGGAGUAUGCUUUCUGCAAUUAGGGUAGUGCCCGGAAACUUUUCCUAACAAUGUGAACAAAAGACGACCUAUGAAACCCAAGUCCCAGAGGAGUCCUGCUGUUGUGGGCAGUCAUCAAUUUGCGCUCAGCUGAGGAGCUCGAAGCCCUUAGCCAAGAAGACUGAUGGAGGAAGAGCAAGAGGUGGAGUCCUCAAGGAAGCCUGAGAAGAAGGUAGAGGAUUCUUUGUUUGUGAAGGUUAACAUGGACGGGUUCCCCAUCGGUCGGAAGGUCGAUCUCAGGGCCUACGACAGUUAUGAGUCGCUGUCUCAAGGGCUUCAACAGUUGUUCAGCAGAUUCUUAGACGUGGAGAUCAAAAUGGAAAAGGAUGCUGGUGAGCACGUUCUUGUCUAUGAAGACAGUGAGGGAGACCGUUUGCUAGUUGAGGACGUGCCAUGGGAGACCUUCGUGAACUCAGUGAAGAGGCUUUGGAUCGUCAGUGGCUCUGAAGCACCAGCUACCGUCACAAGAAGAUCCACCAAGUAUGAUUGAUGGUAAUGAAGUUAGUGGUUCUUCAAAUAAAGAGAGAGGGAGAGAUUUUGUUAAUAUCAUUUUGCUGUGCUAUUCUCAAGCUUGUUCUGUGGAUGCCUCCCUCUAUGUGUUUAUGGGGAAUUGUAUGCUUUUGAUGAACAUUCAAGCUUGUAUAGGCCAUCAUAACUCUUCUUAAUACAACCAAGGCCAGUUAUUUGUGAUCUUCAACUCCUAGU